GCAGUAGUCAGACCCUAUUGAGUUUCUUCCCGUGUCACCACUGCACACCAUUAACAAGCAAAAUGAAGUUAUUUUUGCCAGUUACCAUUACACUGAGUGCUAUUAUUGUUUUCGUUGUCGCUGCACCCAAUGCAGAACCUUCUAGUCUGGCACAAGAUCAACAAGUACAAGACGCUGAAAACCAGGAGGCCGUAGACUCUGCUGAAGUGAACGUUGCCACACCAACAGUAAUUUCUAAAGAAGACCUUAGUAAAGCAACCCUUGAUAAAAAGGCACCUACAGUACCUCUUGGUGCAGGCGUUGCUUUGCCUGUCAAAGCCAUAAUCGCCAAAAAAUCUCGACAUGCAAACACUAAGCUAAAUCAAAGUCUAAAUCUCCGAAACGUCUGCUCAGAAAAGGUGCCCACAAAGGCAGGGCCACCUGUGAAUGAAUGCAACCAUAAUACCAAGAAGGAAAUGUAUUUGGAGACUUAUCAUGCAGUGAUGCACAAGUAUGAAACUGCUUUGAAUUAA